UGCACAUGCACUUGCGUUUCGAUUCGUUUUGCGUUGAAAGCAUAGGAGAUCAUAACGCGAAACUUUCGGCGUAGUUAGCUUAUGCAAUUAAUUUGGGCAAACUAAAAUUGGAGUGACAUAAUACAUAAGAUAUAAAUUUAUAACGAAAAGAAACCAGCAAAAUAUAUGUAUGUGUGUGCGUAAGUGUGUAUGUAAACUUGAAAAGUAAGCGCUCGCUCAAGCAGCAAAAAAAAAAUUACUUUUCACUAUUAACAGAAGCUCAAGGUGAAGAGCCGACACCAAAAUGGACGGCAGUAAGCUCGAUGAUGGGAGGCAAACCUGCGAACCGGAGCCAGAUGUGGACAAACAAUUCAUGCGUAAUGACUUGCAAUUGGCCGCCGAGCUGGGCAAAACGCUGCUCGAAGUGAACAAAGAACUGGAGAUCUCGCUCAAGGAGUACAAGCACAAGAACGAAGAGCAGCAGCGCGAGAUCGUGCAUCUGCGGAAACAAAUCAAUGCCAUGACUGAGGUAAAUGACACACGUCUAAAGGUCUACGAGCAGCUGGAGGUGGGCAUACAGGACUUGGAGCGUAGCAACCAUCGAUUGACAUUGGAGAAGUCACGAGACAAGAAGCAAAUCAAGUCUCUCGGCGCCAACAUUGAGUCCCUGGAGGCGCGUUGCGAGGAAAUCACCCAGCAGCUGGAGGAGGCGCGUCAAAUGCUUAACGCGGAACGACGUAAGAAUGAAAAGCCAUUGCAGCAGCAACGUAUAGUCGCUAUGACAGAGCAGAUCUUCUUACCAAAGCAAUGGUCUGGCAUUGAGCGUGAGGGCCCUGACUUGAAUGCCACUCCCAUAGACAAUUGCGCCUUCGUAGGCGCUGCCAACGCGAAUUCAACGGGCCUCACUGAGAUCCACGAUGGCUCAAUGUCACUUAGCGAAGUAGUCUCAUCACAUUCAAAGGAGAUCGAUGAAGUUGCCUCCGCUGCCGCUGCUGCUGCCAUCAAAGGUGAAGACAAUGAAGAACUCUUCACGUUGAUAACAGAUCUGGAGUCCACACGACGUGACUUCUUGGCGGAGAAGCAGCGUUGCUGUGAACUCGAGGAGCAGUUGGUGUCUAUCAUACAAGAGAACCAAACGCUACAAAGCCGUAUUGCCAUCACAAGCACAAAUGAGGAAAUGAUGUCCAUGCACGAUGAGUUUUCACUCUUGGAUGACGUGCGACAAGGUCAGAUGUGCAGUCGUUGCUUGCGAGCAAUGGAUGAGCAGGAACAGGCUUCGAAUCUGGAUGGACAAUCCUCGGUGGCACCGACAGAAGGCGGCGUCGCCGAAGAUGACGAACAGAGUCUGCUUGGCAGCGAGUAUAGUGCGCAGUUGGCCAAUAACAUAAGCGUUGAAUCCGCAACCAAGCAUGACGCCAACAAAUUGCUAAAUCUCAACAAUGAAGGCAGUCCUAAUCCAUACCGUGACUUGGUCGAAAAGUAUGAGGCUCUUUUGGAAGUGCAGCGUACAUCGAAUGUGCGCCAGAAUGGAGAGCAACUCUCCAAGGAACAUCAGUCGAUGGCGACGGUGACAGCAACACCAGGAAACCAAGAAACAUGCAUUCAGAGUGUCAAGGAAUCAAAUACUGCUCGUGGUCGUACGUCCACCGAGUUCUCGGAGGCGGAAACCUCCUCCUCAGGCUUUUCGGAAGAGACAUGCAAUAAGCACACACAGACGGAUGAGCGCCCUGGCUACUUUUUGUGCUCCAUCAGCAAUGGCGAAGAAUGCAAACUAAGUAUUUAUGAUGACGUCAGUCCAGUUGAUGCACAUUUCCAGAGUCGUCCCGAGUACCGAGAACUAUUCAAAGAGAUCUUUGGUGUAUUGAAAAAAGCCGCCGAUAACAAAGAGGACGCUGACAAAUCCAAGUUAAUGGAUACUGCGGAAGGCACACAAACAAAUGGUUUGGAAACUGUAACAACGAUAAGGCCGGCUGGCGAUGAGUUCUCUGUGGAUUUCGGCGACGAUACACGCAGUAUUAUAUCAUCUGUAGUUUCUGAUCAGUCAUUUGCAAUGUCCGAGUGUGUGACCAAAUUGGAGCGUAGAACGGCCAAAAAGCAUAUCAACGAAUGCAAGACUCAAGAGAAUAGGUUGCCUCAGAUCAACUCUGCAUCUGUUGCCCAGCUGGGUGACCUUAAGCAAAUCGAAGAGAAUGGUCGUGUCCUUACGCCAGUCAAACGCGAACCUCUCGAAUUCUUGACUGUUGCCGUGGGCAUAAAGAAGAAGAAUCGACGCAAAAAUCGUGGCCUAACCGGCCAAGCUGUUCGCGUCGAGUCGCCACUUGCACAACCAUCCCCAUUGGCACAUCCAUCCCCACACCAUAAUGCUCGACGUACACGUAAAGAUUUUGUGCCAAUCCCCCCAGAAAUGUUGUCAACCGAGCUCGUCAAUGGCCGCCGACGACCAUCGGAUCGAUCCGGCAACGGUACCGGCACCGAAUGGAACGGCUCGCCGAUGAUCAUCUAUAACCGCAAUAUGAACGCAUCGCGUACAAGGCGCACAGGACGCGUUAUUGAGCUCAAUGGUGUUGAAUUCCAUCCAAACACUGUAUCGCAGGAGUUCCACAAACUGAAGAGGCUCGAUCUGUCUUACGCCGAGGUAUUGCGUCGUGCUGAUGCCUGUGAACAUCAAAGUCAACCCAUGCGUGUGCAGCGUAUGCAACAGUCGCGUUGGAAUCAGAACAAAACUCAAAGUAACCGACGAUAAAAAUGGAUUUUAACACUUCUUUAAUCUUUAACCAAAAUCUCUAAUCAAGAUCUGUCAAAUCUAAUUGCUAGAGUUAAUGGAAUGCUUUCUCAGUUCUUCGAAUACGUUACAAAUUUAAAUGUUAAUAUUGUUGGCUUCGUCUGGAAUUAACAUUAGAUUUUUUAUAUUUUUAGUAUGUCGUUUUCGUACUUGACCGUUUUUGUACAAUUGUAUUUUGGUUUCCUUUAAGUUAGAUAUACGCAAGACUUGCAUUCCUUUGCUUACUGUAGCAACACCUUAAAAGGAUAUUUUUUUAUAUUGGACAUUUCUCCAGCAUCUACCUAAUAACCGAAAGUUUUACUUGUAAUUUAAUAUGCUCGCUACUAACUAAAUAAAUAUUAAUAUAUGUAUGUUCUUCAAAAUAUUUAAUAAAUAAGCAUGUGUGCCAAGUCUAAUAUAACUGAAUCAACACGCAUCGCCCAAAUCUUUUGUAUAA